AUGUUCGCACCACCUUCCAUCUUCCGCAAAUCUUCGCUGCGAAGAACUGAUUAUUUUCAGUUUAGCCCCUCAAAAAUGGAUUAUCCAGAAAAUGAUCCCUCUUACGAUCAAAAGGGAAAUCUAAACCCUGUUCCACAACGUCCACCUCCGUUUUUGACAAGAGAUCAAGAACAUGGGAUCAUGGUGUCUGCUCUACGACAAGUGAUAUCCAACCCUGGAGGUGACACGUCGUCAUCAUCAUCAUCAUCAUCAUCAAACUAUAUCACGUCCGAAGCUCUUCCGCCUCCGGAAGCUGGCCCUUGUCCUCUCUGUGGCAUCACCGGUUGCUACGGCUGCGCAUUCCAGCGACAGAACCAAGAGAUUGUGAAAGAGAAGAAGUACAAAGGAGUGAGGAAGAAGCCAUCAGGUAAAUGGUCAGCAGAGAUAUGGGAUCCGAUUUUGAGAGUAAGGAGGUGGCUUGGAACGUUUCCGACGGCAGAGAUGGCCGCGCAGGCUUAUGAAGAGACGGCGACUGAGCUUGUCGGGAGAAGAUCAGCGUCACGUCACACAAAGAACGGAGAAGGAAGCGGUGGAAGAGAUAAUUGA